GCCAAAGGAGGAGAUAGGGACACAGGGUGCAUAUAAUAGAACCAAAAGGCACAUAUGGAAAGAGCCAUAUUUCCCGAGUAUUUGUGGGCUUUUUCUACAUUAUUAUUCCUUGCAGGCAUUGCAAGUAGCUGCAGUGACCGGUACUGGCUGCUGCAAAAACCCGUGGCCUUUUUCAUCUUUGGCGAUUCGAUUUUCGAUGCUGGAAACAACAAUUAUAUCAACACUAGCCCGAGAUUCCAAGCUAAUUACUGGCCCUAUGGAGAAAGCUUUUUUAAUACCUCUACCGGCAGAGCUACUAAUGGCCGUACAAUCCCUGAUUUUAUCAGUGAUUAUGCAAAAUUGCCACUAAUU